AUGAAAAGCAUAAACCACAUUUCUUUUUUCUUCAUCAUCUUGCUGAUACUUACACGUGAGAACAAACUGGCAAGCGGAAAAUUUACGAGUCACACACUUGGGAAUUUAACAACUGGUUUAGUAGAUAAUGACAAGGCAAGGCGUGAGAAGGAUAUGAAAGAAUGUGAAAGAGGCAAUGGUGGUGUAGAGGUAGAGGGGGACAGUCCCAGAAAGGGUGAGUUGGACACCCAUGUGGGGAGGGACGAAACGGAGGAAGGUACCUUGGAUGAGCGCGGUGAUACGGUCCUUGUGCAAAUUGAGGAGCAUGAAGAAAGUGUUAACUCUGUGAGUGAGUCAGCCUCGGGGGGUGAUGGUGAAUUGGGCGACGAUGAAGUGGAGGACCAUGAAGUGGAGGACGAUGAAGCGGACGAUGAUGAAGCGGACGAAGAUGAGGACGAAGACGACGAUGAUGAGGACGAUGAUGAAGUGGACGAUGAUGAAGCGGACGACGAUGAAGCGGACGACGAUGAAGUGGACGACGAUGAAGCGGACGACGAUGAGGAGGUAGACCACGAGCAGAUUGAUUUCGAACAGGUGGAGGAUGCAGCGAGAGAAGAGCUGAAUUGGGACGAAACAAACGAGUCAGAACAAACCGAGGCAGAAAGCACGGAGUGUGCAAGACCUUAUCAUCAUAAAAAAUAUGAGACAAAUGAUGAGGCACAGAGAAACAUCGACACGGAUGAAGUAAAAAUGGAGAUACGUAAGUGGAGCGGCGGACAUCCAUGGGGACAAAACAAUAUCAUGCUUAUGAAUACAAAUCAUAUGGAAGAGGCAAACGAGGAAGGGCAACAAGUGGGAAGUGUGUACGAACAGGAAGAUGGGGCAGAAGGAAAAAGCUCAGUUUCAACAAGUGAUACCAAGGCCAAUGAUCUGCUCAUGGGAGAUUAUAAACAGGCGAAUGAAAUUAAGAAGGCAGCCAGUGCUUUAGUCGACACGAUGAUUAACAUGCUGGAAGAACACGGAGAGCAUGAUGAGGUAAGAACGUUGGCCCAAUACUUUAUUAAAAUUUUCACCACUGAUUUAAACACACAUAAAAAGGAACCCUGGUGUAACAGAUGA